AAACCUCUCUUCAUACAUAAAUGAAAUUAUUAAUUUUUACUCACAUCAUAAAUUUUAAGGUUUAAAAACGUUGACGAAAGAGUGAAAACAUGAAAGAAAUAGAUUAUGUGACGCUAAAAACAGGGUUUCUUUAACAAUAUAACAUCCUUUUUUACUUCUCUUUUCGAAAAAUGAUGGUUUUGUUGGUUACAAAUAUCAUUGAGGGUUUGACUAACUGUUUCUGUUGUGUAAUUGUAACUUUUUUGUUGUAUAGCUUAAGCUUAAUGUAGUACGUUUGAUUUGAAGUCUGAAUACAAAAUCGCAUUUUGUUUUUAGGUUCAUAAAGAGGGACGUCAAAUUAGCCAUUCAUUUUACGCGAGAGGCACUUGUGUAAAUUAAUAAAAUCAUUGUACAUGUGACGUUAAUUUAUUACAAUUGCAAAAGAGAUUUGUAUGUAAUUAGAUCGAAUUAAUUCAAUUUUAAAAGUUUUUGCGAUUUAUUGUUAACUAGAUCCGGACCACCGGCACGCGUUGCGUGUAUCAAAUUUCCGAACAUGGGUUAAAACAUGUUCCAGUUAUGCCUAAUGUAUGUCUGAAUGAUAUAUAGCCCAUAACAACAAUGUAACUAAUUAUGUUUAGUUUUUUUUAUGAGACUUACGUAAUUCCAGUCUUAUCAACAAUCGAAUACGUCGACUCAUAUGGUUUUACUGGAUAAGUAUAGUGUCAUGGCAUUAUAAUACUAAACAAAGUGGUGGUUAUCAUCUGAUAGUAAAAGAUCUGCCUAAACUCUUAUUUGGGGUUGAUUUUAUCCCAAAUCAACUGCAUUAGUUUAUUCAGAUAGUCAUCAUAAUGUGAAAUGGGUAAGUUUUAUGAGAUGCCAAUAUCCCAGCCAAUUUUGUCACCAGUUCCCAAUCAAGCAUGCGUGAACGGAAUCUAUUAUUUGACGGAGUGUUUGUAAUUCAACGCUAGAUAAUAUCAUACCGACCUAUAUCAAAUUUCUUUAACAUAUCAUAUUUUAAAUAAUUGAUAGAUUCUCAUGGUGACUGAUCAAUGUUCUGAGACAUGCCUUAAUUAAUUACCAUUUACCAACGUUACAAUAAGUUAUCUCGUAAACAUUGAAUGAUUUUCAUGGUGACCCCAUGCUACAACUGCCAAUAAAUACCGACAUUUUGGUGAGGGUUAAAGCCACAACACAAUAUUUUUCGAAGUCUUAAAAAGAAUAUUUAAGAAAUCAAAUACUUAUCAUAACAUGGCUUGCAAAAGCAAUCUUGUUGUGAAGCAGAUCAUCGACUUAUACGACCAAAUCUCAAAGCUCGAGAGUUUGAAACCUUCAAAAAAUGUCGACACAUUGUUCGGACAACUCGUGUCCACGUGCUUACCCACGGACACAAACAUCGAUGUCACAAAGAUGAGUGAAGAAGUCAAAGACAUGAGAUCUAACCUCAUCAAGCUAUGUGGUGAAGCCGAAGGUUAUUUAGAGCAACACUUCUCCACAAUCCUGGGAUCUUUAUUACAAGAAGACCAAAACCCACUCGACCAUUUAAACAUCUUUCCUUACUACAACAACUACCUCAAGCUAGGCAAGCUCGAGUUCGAUCUCUUGAGUCAACACUCGAGCCAUGUCCCGACCAAGAUUGCCUUCGUUGGCUCCGGACCGAUGCCUCUCACAUCAAUCGUCUUGGCUAAGUUCCACCUCCUAAACACGACGUUCCACAACUUUGACAUCGAUUCACACGCAAACGCACUCGCUUCAAGCCUCGUCUCUCGCGAUCCAGACCUCUCAAAACGCAUGAUCUUCCACACAACGGACGUGCUAAACGCUACGGAAGGGCUAGACCAAUACGACGUAGUUUUCUUGGCGGCUCUUGUGGGAAUGGACAAAGAGGCAAAGGUCAAAGCCAUCGAGCACUUGGAGAAACACAUGGCUCCUGGAGCUGUCCUCAUGCUAAGGAGUGCUCAUGCUCUUAGGGCUUUCUUGUACCCAAUCGUUGACUCUUCUGAUCUCAAAGGCUUCCAGCUCUUGACCAUAUAUCAUCCGACCGAUGACGUGGUUAACUCGGUUGUCAUCGCACGUAAGUUCGGUGGUUCAACUACCACGCGGGGUCAAUACCAUGGUACUCGUGGCUGCAUGUUCAUGCCUUGUAACUGCUCUACGGUCCACGCGAUUAUGAAUAAUUGUUGCAAGAAGAAUAAGAUGAUAGAGAAGUUUAGUGCCAUCGAGUAGUCAAAGCAAAAAAUGAUUAUAAUGAACACAUCUCAUCUCUUGAGAGUAAGUGUUGAUGUUUUUGUCUUAUAUUAAUUUAUCUUUUCAGUUCA